AUGCAUCAGUCCAGAUAUGCAUUGGACAUGUUAAAUAAAUUUGACAUGCUUCAUUGCAAUUCUGCAAAUACUCUAGCAGAGGUGAGUUUGAAGCUGGAAAAGGAUCCAGGAGAAGAAGGAGUUAAUCUUAUUGAGUAUAGGGAAAUGGUUGGGAGCCUAAGAUAUAUAUGCCAUACAAAGCCAGAUCUCAGCUCCAAUGUGGGUGUUAUUAGUAGAUUUAUGCAGAGUCCUAGAAUAUCUCAUUUGAAUGCUGCUAAGCAUAUGCUAAGAUACUUGAAAGGUACAUAUACCUAUGGAAUAUUUCUGCCGAGAGGAGAACCAAGAACAAAGGUACAAAUUACCUCUUAUUCAGACUCAGAUUUGUGCGAGGAUAAAGGUGACAGGAAGAGUACUGUUGGGUACAUUUUCUUCCUUGGAGGAGCACCAAUUUCAUGGAAUUCUACGAAAGAAUCAGUAGGGGCUCUAUCAUCCUAUGAGGCAGAAUACAUUGUUGUCUAUGAGGUUCGCUAUGUUAUUUGA